UUCUUAAUUUUCUGUUUCUUCAUCAUCCCCAAAAACACAUAAUCAAUCUUUCUUGAUUUCACUUCCCAUUGUCAAGAAACUUCAAAUUGGCAUCAUCCCCUGUUCAUUAUACACACUAUCUUACUCAACCUUGCUUCUUUCAACUUCAAUAAUCUAAAUUCCAAAUAAUACUUUAUGUUCUUCACUGGAAUUUUAGUUCUUCAUAGUUUCCACAUUUAGAAAUUUCGUAUUUAGGUUUAUGAACUCGGUUAGCAUCGAAAGCUCGAAAAUGGAUGAAAAACAGCUGGAUUUGAAUGCCCCUCUACUCUCGGUCCGACGAUUAUCAGCAGCCGGUUCAAAUUCGGACCGAAAACCUCCCAAUUCCGCUAAAAAAACGACAACAACCCGACAACAAUCACUUCCUGUUGCUAGAUCCCAAUGGGAACCCCAACAGGAAGUCACAAAACCCGCAGCGGUUCCCUUCAACUGGGAACAGAUUCCGGGCCAAGUUAAAGAUGAUAAAAAGCCCGUUUCGCAGCAGAAGCCCCAAAACACCCGAAAUCCUCAUAGAUCUCCAUCCGGGCCGAUCCGGAUUGAUCAACAAUCACCAGAAGAUGUUAAUGGAGAUGGUGAAGCAAUUGAAACACUUUCAAUGUCGAUUUCGUGCAAUUUCAGUGAACAGAACAGUGAAGCAGAGUCUUCGAAAGGGUUCGGUUCUGAUUUCCAGACACGCGAUUAUCUAAUGAAUCGGUUUUUACCAGCAGCAAAGUCGAUGAUCGUUGAAACGCCUCAAAAAGUUGCGAAGAAGCAAGAGCCUACGGUUCUGGAGCCUCCGAAGUAUGUGAAGAAGGUUUACAGUGGCGAAUUGAGACCGUUACUGCUCGAGAAGUAUCCGGUUAAUGCAUAUAACCAUGAGGAGGAUAAAGAAAGUGUUGUGGUUGAUAAUGUUGAGGAUGAGGUUAAGAAGAAACCGCGUAAAAAGGGGUUCAGAUUCUUCCUCCCUCGAAUCUGCACGAAGCAGGCUUCGUGUGUUUCGAAUCGGAUGUCGGGACCGAAAGCGAAGGUUCAUCAGAGCCAGUCUCCGGUUACAGAGUCUCCUGGACCCGUUCCACGGCUCUCGCUCUCGCGAAGAACUGCAUACAGUGGACCAUUGACUCCAAGUCUUGAGAAGCAAGCUAUGGAUGCAGUAAUUAUGAAAAGAGCCGAGACUCGACCGAAAGAAGUACACGAAACUCAACACAAAUCAAGUCCAUUCACUCGCUCGGGUAACUCAUUACCAUCAUCUCCUAACCGAGGGUUGUCCCGUAGCGGGCGCAUAUCCCCAUACCGUAACGAAUCCCCUCGAUCACCAUUCCAUGAUGGGGCCCGGUUUCUUGGGGUUCCAAAAGAUGUUCAGAAUCAGAUUGCUAAGCCUAAAACUUGCCCUUCCCUUAAUGUGAAAAGUCACUUUACUCCCCGUUUGGUACGCGAUAGUCCUCAACUAGUACCCGAGAAGACAUUGUACGUAGAUUGGAUAGAAAAAUCAUCAAACCCGACACCAAACGAGGCCAAGAUGAAGCCAAAUAAUGAUCUGGGUGGCUCGGUUCAUGUCCCUCCGCUGCCUAAAUCGCCAUCGGAAUCGUGGCUUUGGCGUAAGAUGACUCUAAGGAGUCCAUUUCCAAAGAAGAUGCAACCGGCUCCUAUCGAAAAGAGUCCUACAAAUGGACCAAAAUGGGAAUCCAUUGUCAAGACUUCUAAUGUGCAUCAUGAUCAUGUACGGUAUUCUGAGGAAUUCCUUAAUGCUUCCAAGUACGCUGAGAUCUCGUUUUGAUAAAGAAAAAACGAUAAAGAUAUUUAACUCGUUAAAAAUGUGAGGCUGUUUUGUUUCCUGAUGGCCCCUUGGUGAGUCGGGUUUCUGAAUUCGCGUUUUAUUUACUUUUUUGGUAGUUUUAGACGCUAUUUUUUUUUUUUUUUUUUUUUUUUUUUUUUUGUAACGGGUUGGGUUGGAUUGGAUGAGAGGUUUUUUUUCAUCCAGAUUUGUGAUACUUUUUUAACGUUUGAUGUUGCUCUAUGUAUGAUGAACAUAUUGUUCAUCUUGGAAUUGAUAUUUGUAAUUGAAAUCAAAGGGAUAUUGGUUGUGUUUUAAAGGCA